GGCCACGGCGUAGGAAGGUUAGGGACAACCCCGUUACUGGUCGCGCUGUUGUUGAAUUUAUUUUUAUUGGUAUUAUUAAAUUUGUUGCAUUUUGAUGAACACUACACCGCCGGACCGGGAUCAGAAUCGUGUCUCGUCGUCAGUGGUGACACAGGUGGCGGCGACGAGCGAUGCUUCAACGCGAUCGUUGACAAUGACAACGAAUGUCCAAGCACCUAUGUCGUAUAGAUAACAAUUUCACCCAAUGAGCAGCGGCAAGGUAGAACGACUGGUGGACCGCAGCGGAACGAUGCGAUGGAGACGCGUGGUCGGCGGUGAUCAAUUGAGAUUUAUUUUUGUACGCGUCGAUUCUGGUGUUUACUCUGCUGUAGUUGUUGGUCGGAUAAAGAAUGCUGACAAAACACGCCAGUCUGCGACAGUCUCGUGCCGGGUGCCAAAGGAAACUGUUCCGCAUUAUGUGGAGUGCUAUGUUUUUGCCGGUAAUGGUGCUAGUGCCACUACUUAGUCAGCUGGUUACGAAUUGUUGGAGUGCUAAUAUUCUCUACAUCAGCAGUGUCGCAUCGCCAAGUCAUUUUCUGUGGAGUCAACGACUGUUCGAGCGUCUGGCAAAGCUUGGAUACAACUUGACUGUUGUGAAUUUGUACAAGCAGGGAACUAUUAAAGAUGUCCAGUUCAUCAAGUUGGAUGGAAUAAUCGACAACCUGGCCAUGGAGGAAGAAGAUUACAUCGAGUUCGGUCAGAUGAAUCCAUUCGCAGUGGUCAUGUCAUUCUCGGAGCUGGAGCUGUACGUUUGCGAACUAGCGAUCAAAAGUCCUGGAUUCAAAUCGCUUUUGGAGUAUCCAAAAGAAUUUCGAUUUGAACUAGUAAUUCAUGAUCACUUGGCAGGACCAUGUCUGUUGGCGCUUCUAACGCGAUUCAACUACCCUCCACUGAUCCUUGCAACUGCUUACAAUCGCCUAUCAACCACGACUGAGUCUCUAGGAUCUCUAAUAUUCCCGGGAUUCAUUCCAAAUCAAGUGUAUGACGUUUAUGGCUCCAUGAACUUCUAUCAACGGUGUUAUAAUUUCCUACUUUUCACUUGGGAGAUCCUAUGGAAGGAAUUCAUCUACUACCCAAAGCUGGAUAGUAUUGUCAAGCAGGAGCUUAACCAAACCGUAUCAGUAUCAUCGCUAGAGAAACACGCUCUAUUGGCCAUCCUAAAUUCUAACCCCAUUCUGGAACCUUCCGAACCGAAACUCACAAACGUAAUCCAAGCCGGCGGUCUUCACAUCAAACCAUCGAAACCCAUACCGCCCGAUAUCCUGAAGGCAAUCGAUAGUUCCGCCAACGGGGCAGUUCUUUUUUCGCUUGGCACAAACGUCCGCAGUGACCUGAUGAGUACCUCGAUUCUUCGUAAUAUUAUAACCGUUAUGCGUAACCUUCCAUCACUUACAUUCCUAUGGAAGUUGGACUCCGAACACUGUCUACCAUUAGAGCUACCGGCGAAUGUGAUCACCUCUCCGUGGCUUCCCCAGAAUGACCUUUUGGCACAUCCCAAGCUGCGGCUCUUCAUCACCCACGGAGGGCUACUUAGCGUCCAGGAGGCCGUCUGGCAUGGAGUGCCCAUUUUAGGGUUACCAUUUUUCGCCGAUCAAUUCGGAAAUGUAAAUCAAUUGGUGAGCAAAGGCAUCGGGAAGCGGAUGGAGUUGGUUAGUCUAACCUCCCAGCAGUUUGAACAUUCCAUUGUGGAUAUAAUUACGAACGAUAGCUAUAAGCAAACCGCCAUGCAACUGUCACAAAUCGUGCGGGACCAGAAGGAACAUCCAUUGGAUUUGGCCGUCUGGUCCGUGGAGUGGAUUCUGAGGAAUGCGGAAAUGAGUCACAUGUGGGAUCGAUCACUGCAGCAGUUGGGGAUUCUCGAAAAGUAUUCGUUGGAUGUGUUGAUUGUUUUUCUUGGAGGUCUAGCUUUGGUACUAUAUUAUGUGAAUGUGAUGUUGUACUGGGUCCUUAUCCAAAAAUCAUGGAAUAAAAUUAGAUUCAAGUGAGAACAUAGAA